AUGGCAACUGACGUAUUCCAGCUUGCGCCUUCCGGAGGGCUUUGCAUUUUCAUCCCUGCGUUGCUCGGCCCAGAGGCAUCUUUGGAAGAGCUGGACCACUACGGGCAAAUGGCCCAUGCUGCGCGCCAGACUUGGCUGACAAACACCACCUCCUUCGUGAUUCCUGAGCAGGGUGCGGAGGCUCCAGGAUUGCUGGAAAAGCUCGCCGGCUUGCCAACCACAAGGCUCACGGCACGUGGCCUCACGGGCCGGUCCUUGAGGGCGAUGCUCUUCUGGCGCCACAUCGUGUCCUUGUUAGAAGAAGGCGGCGGCACAGGCAAGUGUGACUGGGUCAUGAAAGUACCGGUGUGGAGCUACGUGAACGCACCAACGCUCAAAAGUCGCCUCGACUGCUUCAAUGCAUCGGAGACCUUUUUUCUCGGCGUGCCCACAGUCGCGUACAGCCCCGGCGAAGAGCCUUUCAUGUUUCCGAAUCCGUGGGGUGGCACAAUCAUUAGCCGAGGACUCUUGGGGCAUGUGGCUGCUUGGACGGACUACUGUAUGAGGUAUGCGGAGACGACGGACACACCCUAUGGCUCCGACAGCUUCUUCGAUGACUACACCUUUGCCAUGUGUCUGAGUGACUUGGGGCGCCUUGUGGCUAGUAACUACGCCGACAUGGAGGGGAGCUUUAUUUUAUUUGACCGGCCCAAUCAUACCAUGUCUAAGUUUGAGACUCAUCCAGAUACGCUGAAGCAGUGUCUACUAGUCGUGGGAAGGCUCGACACUACGGAGCAAGUUCUGCGCGUUCACGAUCGGGUGUCGUGGUCAAAGUGGCACACAAGCAUCCCGUGUAUAGGUGAAUCACAGAUGGGCAAGUUCAGUAUUUCGGAUGCCUACGGGAAUUCCAAAGAGUAUUACGAGGAGCGCAUUCGCUUGGCUUUGUAUUACUGCAAGGCACCCGAGUUUGUCUACCUAGAGAAGUCUUUGUCGCAGCGCUUACAUGGCCUAGACCCUCGUGCAGGGCAGGGUGCCCUAGCCACACCAGUGCCCGGUCCCCCAAGAAUGCGAAGACACCUCUGCAUCUUUGUGCCUUCAAGCGCGCGAAAAUUGCGUUUCAUCGAAGCAGCAGAAACGGCCUGGCGUGUGUGGGGGACGAGCAAUACUUUCUUCGUCAGCAAACAGCCUCUCUCCGUUGUGCUCGAUGGCCAAACAUUCCUGCUAGAAAAUGACAUUGACACGGAUUACGCGCACUUGCCUGUCCGAACAUUCCUUCUUUUUGAGGCUCUUGGCCAGCCCGAGUGGGUAAAUGCCUGCGACUGGUACAUGAAAGCUGAUGCAGACAGUUUCCUGAACGUGCCGCUGAUCGAGCAGCGACUGCGAUGCUUCGAUCCGUCUGACUUUUGGUUUCUGGGCGUGCCACAGGUCGCACACAGUGCCAGGGGUGCAAUGACGAGAUUCGCAUCUGGCGGUGCCGGUUAUAUGAUAUCAAGAGCUUUGCUACCAAAGCUGGCGACAUGGGCUCCGUUUUGUUUGCUACAGCUGUUGCAGCAUGCCGGCGGAACAGGUAUGGAGGACGUUUCCCUCGCCGGUUGCAUAUGGAAGUGGGGGCACAUAGAUGUUGUAAGCUAUGCUGACUAUGAAACGGAGGUUAUCACCAGCGAAGCUGCGCUCAACCGAACGAGGGUGACACACACGCAUCUGCCCGGCGAGAAAUUGGCAGUUCCACCCUGCGCUAUGGUGGUGCACUCUGUGCGGCCUGAAAACCUCGAAACAGUGGCUGCCAACAUCAAGAGUUCCUGGCAGCAGCGAGAUUCCGGCAAGUGUAUUCCGGACCAAUCGCGAUUGAUGCAGGGUGCUGCAACCUUGCUAUCCCCCGAACUCAGCCAUCUGGACAUCGAGGCCUCGAGGCUGGGAAACACCUACCACUGGGCUGUUUAUGGCGAGAAGGAGUAUGAGGUGCUGCUGGCAUGUAGCCAGCAACAGGCCGCAGAUAAUAGCACCUUGUGA